AUUCAGCGUUCUCCAGCCGUCGCCUCGACUCAUCCCGGAUAUUAGUAUAACGUUAGCGAAUGGGACUCAACAACUAUUAAAAAAGGAAACCUAUAGUGGCUAUAAAGGAGCAGCUGAGCGGAGAUCAGACUCGUCUCCGACAAAGACGCCAUGGGACUGCUAACUGGACUCGUCUUGACUGCUGCCGGUGCAGGAACGACUAUCGUCGCCGCUCCGGUUGUUCUUGGCGCGAUUGGAUUCACCUCAGCCGGCAUCGCUGCGGGCUCCUGGGCCGCCGGGAUGAUGUCGAGUGCUGCCAUCGCUAACGGAGGAGGAGUGGCAGCCGGGAGCGUGGUGGCGCUUCUACAGUCAGCAGGGAUGGCUGGGCUUGGGACGGCAGCCACUGCGGGCGUGGGUACAGCUGGCGGUGCGGCAGGUGCGGUGAUCGCUCUCCUCAUAUGAAGUCGCCAUGAAGAGUGUGAAACAUCUUUGACUCCAUGAAGAAGAACGUCAUCUGUGGGUGUUUUUGUCGUUCUUUUUUGUCGUGUUUCCAUCAUGUUUAAAAUUGCAGCAUGUAAACAUCACAUCUGAGCUCAUGGAAGUCCUUAAAUAAAAAACCUGAAAUAGGA